CGUGCCUGCAACAAUACUAUGGCGAAGGCGACAGAGGCAAUUGGGGUUUGGGGUUUGUGAAAUCGAGGAAACUGUGUCUCGGCCUUUGAUUUUCUUUCCAUUUAGCCAACUGGGUUUUGUACAAAAUUCUCAGUUUCAUUGCCCUGAAAGAGUUGAAGAAAUUAACGGCUAUCCAGUUUCAUUUUUGGAUCAGUAGGAGCGGGGUUAGUUUCUUGAAGAUGCACCAUAUGAAGAAGCAUGCAGUUUCAUCCUUGAAGCGUAGAUGGUCUGGUAUUAUAAAAUCCCCAAAUGGGUUUGUUCCCUUGUGGAGCAUAAGCCUUCAAUGUGUGUAUCUGAUGCAGGUCUUUCUGGGUUCUCGUCUAUAGUCUCUGAGAGGCCUGCCUUCAAUUCGGGUACCACAAACAGGCUGCAGGUAUUAAUUAAGUCAAGAAAUCUGAGACAAUCUGCUGUUAAUGCCAACUGUAUUAUUAAGGAUGUACGUGGAGUUGACGGAACCUCUGUUCUGUCUGCAAGGUGGCAGACAAGGGAACGGAUAGUUGGCUUCUGCUCACCAUACCGACCCAUUGAAACCCAUGGAAAAAGUACUGUGGUUCCAUGCUUUGCUAGAUCCUGUGCAUCAACGGCUUCAAAGUCACCAGAAGAAAAACAAUCUGAGACCAGAAAAGACAUAUCUACUGUUGAGGACCCUUUUGAUGCGCCUACAUACAACAUCCCAGAAAAGCCUGUGACGUUUGCAGAGGGAGCUUCUUACAGCGUUAUUAUUCUUGUAGGCCUUGGUAUUGCAGCUGCUGCAGGAUAUGCUGUUUUCAAGGAGCUUAUAUUUGAACCGAAAGAGUACAAAAUUUUUGGGAAGGCUCUCAAAAGGGUUCAAGAAGACGGUCAGGUUCGGGUCAGAAUUGGAUCCCCUAUUACUGGUUAUGGCCAGGAAAGUAGGAAUCGUGCUGCUCGCCAACGGAUUGCCAAUAGGAUUUGGACUGAUGAAGAUGGUGUUGAACAUGUAGAGGUUAACUUUUAUAUUCGUGGCCCUCAUGGAGCCGGGAAAGUUUACACAGAAAUGUUUAAAGACAAGGUGGACAAGCAGUGGAAAUUUACAUACUUGAUUGCUGAAAUCAAAUCUCCUUCCCCAGCACAGUUGAUGCUAGAGUCAUAUGUUCCUGCUUGAAUCGUCCACUCUAAUUUCUACCAAGAACAAAAAUAAAAGGAAGCUCUGGUGCCGUCCAGUUGAGAUCAGGUGUGUCUUCCUGUACCAAAUUAACAUUGAGCUGAGCCUCAACCCUGCCCCAUUAGGUUCAAAAUCUUAUUCUCCUUUUUCUUUGAUUCAUUUAGAAGGGUUGAGUAAAAUUAAUCACAGUCCAAGUUUUGAUUGUGCAGCUGUUGGAAUUAUAACGACAGCUCCACGAUUUGCUACAAAGGGGGCCUGUAUUUGAAUCAAUUUGAAUUUGAAUGAGGAUGGUUGAUGUAUAUUUUUUUGUUAGCUAAUGCUGAUAGAUUGAGCCGGGCCUGAA